UAGUUAACUUCAGACAACUAACGUUUUAAACUUAAUACAUUUGACUUGAUGUACCUAGCCAGCUAACUAGCUCGUUAUGGAACUAUCUAGCUAGCAUUUGUUUUCUGAAGAAAAAUGAAAAAAACUCUGACUUACUACAAUGUGAGCUAGUUAGCAUCAACACUAUGCAGAUGUUCAGGUAUUGUAAUUUCCCAAAGAUUUGUAACUUCAUUGUGGUUACAAUAAGUGUGAGUAGCUAGCUAUCCCAGUCAUACAAGCUAGCUAACGUUACCAGUUCGACACGUUAGUCAGUUGCUAGGUUGCUUGACAUUCGUUAUUUUUUUUAAAGUUGUGAAAUAGUUGUGUAAUUUGGUCACGUUUGUGUUUAUUAUUGUAAUUGGCCACGUUUUUGAUAGUCGAGUUAAAAUGUAGCAAAGUUGUCGAAACAAAAGCAGCGAAGUGACACGGAUACAUAAGUUGCAUUGAGACUGACUUUUUCCUUUUCUUUAUCAUUAUACUGAAGCCGAGUUUGGUUUAGUAGACUACUCUUCUCUAGACUAGGACAACUCCACGUAGUUACUUUAAUGACUACUGAAUCAGUUGAACUUCGACCUUCUAAUUACAGUGUUUUAACCACUCAGGUACUUAAUAAGUGUCAGAGAGAGAACGAAAGGCGAGUCUGUUAAAUAGGUCAGAGUAUCAAAUGGUCUGUUCCUUUUUAAGGGAGAGCAACAUUUCCCUCCCCUUUCUUUUCUCCCACCUCAUUUCCCAUCCUCCCCUCUGCCUUUAAACUUUCUCAUCAUUUGUUUGAAGAGACACUGGAGAACUAGACUGCUCUGUUUCAUGGUGAUGGCCGAGGGAUAACGGCAAGGACUCUCAGCCCUUCCACCCCAACGUGACCCUGUUUGUUUCUAUCUUAUCCAAACACCUCUCUCCUCUCCCUGUUAAAUGUUUUUUUUUACUUUCCUGUUUUUCUCAAUUUCCCCUUGAGCCAACUCAGUCUCCUGCUCCUCUAUUUCACGGAGGACAGCCAAGCCGAUAACAACAAAGCACGUCUCCGUCUCCGUCCAGCAAUAGAGGUUCUGGAUCGUUCUCCUGUCGUGUUAUUGAUCACACAAUGAUUGGAUGAGAAGUAAAGAUCUUAUGAUUGGACCUCAGUUCUCUCCACCCCUAUUGGACAACGUUUAUUUUUUUUUUUCUCAUCUUUGUGUUUUGUUUGGACCCUAUUGGCUGUUUGUCACUUCAACACUGUCCCACCUCGGUUUUCUUUUCCUCACUGUAAUCCAUCCUUUGAUGUCAUUGGGCCAUGGUUCGCAAGAGAGGCUCCCUUAUCUUGUGUGGGGCUUUCCUAUUCGUCGCCUGCAAUGGCUUGCUUCUCCUGUUCCUUUGGGGACGAACUCCCAUUGGUCGCUUUGGGGGAGGGGGCGGGGCUGAACCAGGGGGGGCGGAAGAGUGGGGUGUGGCCAAAUUAAAAGGGGGUGGGACUAAUCUGGCUGGCGAGGUGAUCCGAUUGGCCGAAGAGGUAGAAUCGGAACUUGAGACCCAGAAGGAACUUCUGAAGCAGAUUCAGAGUCACAGGUCACUAUGGGAAAAGAGGAAAGGGAUGGGAAAAAGGCAGACGGAUGGAGAGAAGGUAGAAAAUGAGGAGGGACACAAACCGCCGCCACAGUUGUCUGCAGUACCUCCGAAGGACGAUUCAGAGAACAAGGACCAAAGUCAAGAGGAAAAUACACCGGAAUUGAUCAUUACAGCAGUCCAAGACCCUAAAGUAGACACACAACUGGACAAUGAAAUAAAAGAGCUGACCGACUACACCAAACUGGAAGUUACUGUCGUCAGCCCACAAGUUGUCAUUCCCAUAUUGGUCAUCGCCUGUGACAGGGUGACCGUGAAAAGGAGUCUUGACAAGUUGAUCCAAUACCGCCCCUCUGCAGAACUCUACCCAAUCAUAGUUAGUCAGGACUGUGGCCAUGCUGAGACAGCCCAAGUGAUUGGCUCAUAUGGCAGUCAGGUGACCCACAUUAGCCAACCAGACCUCUCGGACAUCCGGGUACGGCCGGAGCACAGGAAGUUCCAGGGCUACUAUAAGAUUGCCAGACACUACCGCUGGGCCCUCAACCAGGUGUUCAACACACUCUCUCACUCCACCGUAGUGAUCGUGGAAGAUGACUUGGAGGUGGCCCCAGACUUCUUUGAGUACUUCCGUGCCCUCCACCCCAUCUUGACCUCUGACCCCACCCUGUGGUGUGUGUCUGCCUGGAACGACAACGGCAGGGAGGGGCUGGUGGACCCUGGGAAGGCGGACCUCCUCUUCAGGACAGACUUCUUCCCUGGGCUGGGCUGGAUGCUGCUGAAGGACAUCUGGGCAGAACUAGAACCCAAGUGGCCCACGGCCUUCUGGGACGACUGGAUGCGUCACCCUGAGCAGCGUAAAGAGCGCUCCUGCAUCCGCCCAGAGAUCUCCAGAACUAUGACCUUCGGACGUAAGGGUGUCAGCUUGGGUCAGUUCUUUGACCAGUAUCUGCGUUAUAUUAAACUCAACACUGACUUUGUGCCUUUCACCAAACAGGAUCUGUCUUACUUGAUGAAGGAGAACUUUGACGUGAACUUUGUGAAGCAGGUUUACAGCGCCCCUCUGAUUAAGGUGGAGGAGCUACAACAAGGGGGUGGUUUGGCGGGAACUGGUCCGUACCGGGUGCAAUAUUCCAGCCGAGACAAUUUUAAGGUUCUGGCCCGUAACUUAGGGGUGAUGGAUGACUUGAAAUCGGGGGUUCCCCGUGCGGGUUACAGGGGUGUGGUCAGCUUCCUGUCCCGUGGACGACGGGUCUUCUUGACCCCACCUGAGGGAUGGACAAAGUAUGACGUCAGCUGGAGCUGAAAGGUUCCGACAGGACGAAUGUUAUCGAAAACAGACUCGACAGAGAGGAACACCCUCUCAAACCAAAGAAAACAAAAACAAGGUAAUAUUGAAGGAACUGAAGCUAAACAGACAGGUGGGUGAAGGGAUUGGAUAUGUGAUAGAGUAAGCCACUCGUUUUAUGAGUGAAAACCUGAAUGCAGUGUGACACAGGGCAACACCCAGGCAGUGAAACCACAUAGCACGUCUCACAGAAAUUACAAACCAUUUCAUGCUUUGUUGUUCUCCUGCUAGAGCUGGAACGCUUUACGGUAGGGGUGUCAAACUCAUUCCAUGGAGGGCUUAGUGUCUGCUGUUUUUUAUUAUUUACUGACACCUAGUCAACCAGGUGAGGGGAGUUCCUUACUGACACCUAGACAACGAGGUGAGGAGAGUUCCUUACUGAGACCUAGACAACCAGGUGAGGGGAGUUCCUUACUGACACCUAGACAACCAGGUGAGGGGAGUUCCUUACUGAGACCUAGACAACCAGGUGAGGGGAGUUCCUUACCGACACCUA